AUGCGGCGGGAGCUGCUGCUGCUGCUGCCCCUGGUGGGGGCGGCUGUCCAGGAUCCCCCGUACCAGAUAACCCAGCCUGGGUCCCUGUCGGCGCCGGCCGGGGGCUCUGUCAUCCUGCCCUGCGCCUUCACCUACUCCCGCGAGAUCGAGCCGCUGCGGGACCUCCGGGUUUACUGGAGACGGGGGGGAUUCCAUGGCGAGUUUAUCUACAAUCACACCGAGGGGUUCACCCACCCGGAUUACGGGGGCCGCAUCAUCCUGGUCAGGGACCCGCGGGGGAGCCAAACGGCCUUGAUCCGCAUCGACCGGCUGCGGGAGUCGGACGCCAGCGAGUACGUCUGCCACGUCAGGGUGCAGAAGAACAACGGCGAAUGGGAGCAAUGGCGCAGUGUCCUUGGGACCAACCUCACGGUGACAG